AUGACCAGUUUCCUGGCUGUGGGCGCUGAUCGAGUGUCUGUGAGAUACACGGGGCCAGGCAAGGGUGACAGCGAUGCGCGCAUGAUCCGCUCCGACCACCCGAUCCCCGCCCGCUGCGGCGUGUACUACUACGAGGUAUUCAUUAGGAGCCGCGGGCAGUGCGGGUAUAUUGGCAUUGGCCUGUCACAUAACACCAACGGGGCUACGCGGCUGCCUGGGUGGGACCCUGGAUCGUGGGGCUACCACGGCGACGACGGGAACUGCUUCUCAGGCAACGGCAGUGGCCGCGCGUACGGCCCUGGGUUUACCACCGACGACACCGUCGGGUGUGGCAUUGACUUCAAGGAGCGCAGCAUAUUCUUUACCCGCAACGGGCUGUUUCUCGGCCACGCCUUCAAAUCCGUCGACACCAGCAAGCCGAUAUUCCCAGCCGUCGGCAUGCGCACUGCGGGCGAGCACAUUGUGGCGAAUUUCGGCCAGCGGCCGUUCCGCUUUGACAUCGAGUGCUACGUCAGCGAGGCGCACCAGGAUGCGCUGGCCGAGAUCCACAAGACAUCGAUCGGCGAUCUCAUACCAAAGCCCAGCGAUCAGACAACCCCGCUGGAGGCCAAAAAUGCUGCCGGACCCCGAGCAGACAAUCGCGCUGGACAUUCUCAAGCUGCAGCGCGCGGCUGGACUGCCGCAAAGCCAUCUGCAAGCACAUCAGCCAGGGCUGACAUCGACAGCGCCCUGGGAAUGCUGCAGGAGAGCUAUCCGCAGGUGCUCAAGGACGAAUCGCUGGUGUUCCAGCUGCGGUGCCGCCAGUUCAUCGAGCUGGUGCGGGCCGCCAACGGGUACCACAUUGCCGACUGCAUUCCCAGCGACGACAGCCUAUCCAGCGCAAGCAGCGGCAGCAUGAUGGACGUUGAUGACACGCAGGCGGCCUCGCUGAUGUCGCUGGCAGCCAUUACCAAUGCACCAGCAGCGCCCUCCAAAACCGUGUAUGGCCAGAUCCCCAAUCUGCGCAAACUGGAGCCGGCGCGUCUGGUCCGCAUCCUGCUCGACUACGGCCGGCAGCUGCAGGCCGACUAUGGCGCGUCGCCGAACCCGAUUGUGCGAGAGGGCUUGGUGCAUACGUUCUCGCUGCUGGCAUACGCCGAUCCCGCGGCCAGCCCGAUCUCGGCGCUGCUGGAUCCAGAGGCUUGCAAGCCGCUGGCCAGGCUGGUUGAGUGCGCGAUUGUCGCCACCGAGAAGGCACCGCGCAUGUCGGCGCUCGAAUGCAUCUACCGCCAGUGUGCGGCCCUGCUUGCGGAGUUGAGCAGCCGCAGGAAUGGUGCGGCUGCGCUGGUGUCAGUCGACACGGACUUUGUGUAA